UGUCCUUGUGUUUGAAUAAAAUAUAUUAAAAAUGGUGUGUGAGAGUUAGAAUUUGUGGUGUGAAAAUGGGAGAGGCAGAGAAGGUGGUCAGGGAAGAGAAGAAGAUGCGUGAUAAAUGGAUAGAGUGAAAGGGAAUGGAAUUGGGAAAACAGUGUUACCUUUUCAGAUCGAAAAUCGGAGAGGGUUCAUUCUCCGCAGUGUGGAGAGCGCAACAGAGACCAAGCGGUGAAGACGUGGCAGUGAAGCAAGUCUUCCUCUCCAAACUCAACCCUCACCUCAAGGCUUCUUUGGAUUGCGAGAUCAAUUUCUUGUCCUCCGUUAACCACCCCAAUAUUAUUCGCCUUCUUCACUUCUUUCAGGAUGAUGGGUGUGUGUACCUGGUCCUGGAGUUUUGUGCUGGUGGGAAUCUAUCUUCUUAUAUUCAAACCCAUGGGAGGGUUCAACAACAAACGGCCAGAAAAUUCAUGCAGCAGCUUGGCUCUGGUCUAAAAGUAUUGCACUCUCACGGUAUUAUUCACAGAGAUUUGAAACCAGAGAACAUUUUGCUAUCAAGCCAUGAUGGUGAUGCAGUGCUAAAGAUAGCCGAUUUUGGUCUCUCAAGGACUGUACGCCCAGGUGAAUACGCUGAGACAGUUUGUGGUUCUCCAUUAUACAUGGCUCCAGAAGUUCUUCGGUUCCAGAGAUAUGAUUACAAGGCAGACAUGUGGAGUGUUGGGGCCAUUCUUUUUGAGCUUCUAAAUGGUUACCCACCUUUUAAUGGCAGAAAUAAUGUUCAGGUAUUGAAAAACAUCAGAUCCUGCACCUGUCUUCCAUUUUCUCAACUGAUUCUUUCAGGAUUGGAUCCCGACUGUCUCGAUAUUUGUUCAAGGUUACUGUGCUUAAAUCCAGUUUUUGCACCCUAAUGCAGUGGAGCGCCUAUCUUUUGAUGAAUUUUAUUGGCAUAGCUUUCUACAAAGAAAAUUGGUGGGAAGAUGACAGCAAUACCAGGAUCUGAAGUGUUCACGAUCUUUCCAUAGCAGUCAUCUUCAAAAGUAUCAGUAAUAGUUAAUGCCAUUUCUGUUUCUUUCCCAUCUUUGAUUUCCCCUCUCUAAACAUUGGAUAAUUGUAUUACUAGUGGGGAUAAUCUGAGUGUAUUCAUGACACUCCCUGUAUAUUCAGCUGCUUGGCAAAAUUAUUUCUUAGUUCCAAUAACCUUUUUCAUGUGCUUAAGAUUUAUCCA